AUGUCGCGCGCCGCCGAUUUGACCCCCGUGGUCAUCGGAGUCGGAGACAUCAAGAACAACUCCUUGAAGCCCGAGCAUGCCUAUGAGCCACUCGAGCUUAUGCUGCAAUCCAUUAACGCUGCCAUAGAUGACAGCUCAGCGGCGAGAACAAAGAUACUUUCGGCCAUUGAUAGCAUUGAUGUCAUUGCUAACUGGACCUGGCCAUAUCCUAACGUUGCAGAUCUUUUGGCCGAGAAGCUCGGAGUGAAACUGGUGCACAAGCAUGAAAGUGGGCACGGAGGAAAUGCGCCUGCGAAAUUGUUUGAUGAGGCUGCUAGACGGGUAUCGAAGGGCGAAUCCCGUCUUGCUGUUGUGACUGGUGGUGAAGCGCUUGCAACCUGUUCGUUUGCUCCUUCCCCUCCUAAGAAUUGGACUGAAAUAAGCGACCAUUCUUCUAUAUGGGAACGGUCACAGCGUGAUGAUCUCGGAACACUGCAUUCUAUCGGACUUCCUAUUCAAGUGUAUCCCCUGUACGAAGCAGGACUUCGAGCCCAUCGCAAACAGAGUUAUGCCGAAAAUCAUCAGGAGUCGGCAGAGCUGUAUGCCAACUUUGCUCAGAUUGCGGAGAAGAAUCCCGUCUCGUGGAACUAUGGCAAGCCUGCUGCAACAGUCCAUUCCAUUGCCACAAUAACGAAGAAUAACAGAAUAAUUUGUUCCCCAUAUCCCCUCUUGAUGAACGCCUUCAACAAUGUCAAUCUGGCGGCUACGUGUAUUUUGACUUCAGUGGAAGUUGCGCGUGAUUUGGGAGUUCCAGAAUCUCGCUGGAUCUACCCCCUUGGAGGUGCAGGAACCAGCGACACCAGCAAUUUCUGGGAACGCACCGACUUUCACUCCAGUCCAAGUAUCUCAAACUCGCUCGAUGAAGCUCUUAGAAUAUCUGGUUUGAUUAAAGAGGACAUCGACAUUUAUGACUUCUACUCCUGCUUCCCUAUCGUCCCCAAACUGGCCGCUCUACACCUCAAUCUCCCUAUCACCAGAAGAAACUGCCCCCUGACAGUACUUGGUGGGUUGACCUCCUUUGGCGGCGCAGGAAACAACUAUUCUCUCCAUGCCAUAGCCCAAGUCGUUCGCGAUCUACGCGCUCGCCGCGGUAUACACGGACUCGUUCUCGCCAAUGGUGGCGUUCUGUCCUACCAUCACGCCGUGUGUCUCUCGGUUCGGCCACGCGCAGGUCGAUCUUCGUACCCAUCGCAAGCCCCUCUUCCAGAGUACUCGCGCGAUAUUACCUCACCACCGAUUGCAGUUAAAGCAAAUGGUCGCGCAAUUAUCGAGACGUACACGGUUGAGUUCCAGCGCAACGGUUCUCCUGGACAGGCAUAUGUGAUAGGCCGGUUGGAGAACGGGGAGCGCUUCAUAGCGAAUGCUGCCAAUGCUUCGACCCUGAAACAACUGUCUAGCAACACGGUUGAGCAAAUCGGUUGUACUGGUUGGGUUGAGAACGACGCGAAAUCAUCGAAGAACCUGUUUUCGUUUGAUCAUUCACAUGUCUAG